AUGGGAGCAGCCGAGUCUAGACCAUCAACGGAGGAGAGGAGGCAAGAGAUACAGAGGGUUCAACUCAAGAUCGCUGCUCAUCACGGUAGAGUAUUCAGAGAGUCGAUACCUCCAGACGAUAUAUCCACCUUUGCACGUCAUUCAUCCACAUCACCGGUCACGGUAGAUCCCCAAUUCAAGGACACAGCGAAUGGAAACAACGAGCUACCUGAACUUCCUAGAGAGAUAUGGGAGAAGAUCAUAUAUCAUCUAAGAAGGCAGAUGGGACCUAGGGCAGAACAGGACACAGAUCCUGGACACUUUCAUCAACAAGAUCUUACAGUUGCGAUGCGGGUUAACAAGCUAUGGUACUCUAUCGCAGCUCCCAUCCUGUACACAAGAGUAAUCACCACUCGUCCCGAUCUACUACUUUCCCACAUUCACUCUCGGCUCAUAUCCUCCGCCCGCUUAUCUAAAUUAGAAUUGUUCCAAUACAUAUAUCGCCUGGAUAUAGGAUACAACCCAACUCAUGCAGAAGAAUGCGACAUAGAUCCACCAUUCAGUAAGAACGACAACAUCGCAUUAUCAAGAGCUGGUUUAUUCUCGAUCGAAAAGAGUAGAUGGCCUGCUACGACCUUGGUAAGGGAUAUGGACUUUGCCUUACAAACUACCAAUAUACUACGCACUAUCCGCCAAACCCUACCAGAGGGUAUACAAUUAUUUGGCAAUUUGCAGAUAUUGACGGUAGGAGCAUUCGGCAAAUCACAACAUUCAAGAUGGGAUGUGGGAUACAAUUUUCUAGCGACGGGCUUAGAAAGGUUUCAACCACCAUCUUCAGGUUUGGGUUUUAGCGAUUUGGGAGGUUUAUUAGCUAAGAAACAUCAAGAAGAGUUGGAUUUACUUAAUAUGAGACAUAGGUUCGGAUACGAAUUAACCUCCAAUGCCUCCAAUUCACUUGAACACAUAUGUGUCGAUAAUUUUACAGGACCACUGUCGGUCUUCUUACCACAUUGCGAAAGACUACAAACGUAUACGAUACAUAUCACUAAAUCGCAUACGGAUACUUCCUGUCGGCCUCUACCGAUUAUAGAGGGAGUGACCAACAAGUGGAUAAUAGAGGAUGAAUCGUGGGAAAGAAGGAAGGAUACAGGAAGAGAAGAUUGGAUUGUAGAUAGGGGGAGUACAUACCAAUGGUUGAAAGGUAGGAUUUACGCUUUGGAUCCGGCACAAUUCACAAAAAAAGAUACCAAAUUGGUUAUCUAUGGUGCGUUGGACGAGGCGAGGGUAGAUGAGGAAUUUGGAGGUUAUUUACUUGGAUUCUUGAUCAGUGAAUGGAGUAAUGAUUGGAGUUGGGAGAGGAAAAGGGGCGAGGUGAAUAGGUUCCUGGAGAUUGAUCGGAUUGAUAUUGAAGGGGUCAGGCUGGAAGAGGAUUCGGAAGGGAGAUGUGAUGCUUGUGGGUUUGGGUUUGGGUUUGGGAGUGGAAAGCACUCGUAG